AUGGACAUAUCAUCCUUGGCGGCGCCUGCUACGCCGACGUCUGCUUUCCCGUAUGCUCAGCCCUCGCUUCCGACUCUGCUCAUCGCCCUGUCCUUCCUGUUCUUUCUCAAUCUCCUCCGAAUUACGGCAGACAUUACACUGCAUGCAGGCUUGGUGGCCGAACUAUUCCUUGGCAUGGUGUAUGGUGCACCGCUAGCUGGCGUACUCCCAACGGAGUGGGAGACAACAUUCAAUGUGUUGGGUUAUCUCGGACUAGUGUGCCUCAUCUUCGAAGGAGGCCUCUCCACGAACCUCUCCCUCCUGUUGCCUAACCUACCCCUGUCUUGCAUUUGCGCUCUGACCGGGAUCGGGUUUCCCAUAGCACUGUCCUUUGCACUCCUCACUGCCGGCUACGGAUAUUCGUCGUUGGAAGCAUUUGCUGCAGGCGCAGCUCUCUCAUCAACUAGUCUCGGUACCACCUUGGCCGCUCUGAAUAGUGUCAGCCGUCACACAUCCUCAACGGUCACCAAAGUACGAGAGCUUCCCUGUGAUCCUGCGCCUUCUACCGCAGAGACGCCCACAGGGGGUGCAUCUCGCACGUCUCAAGCCUCGUUUUGCGCGCCGAUUUCAGGACCACCUUCAUUGCAACAGACCAGGAUCGGUACCGUGCUUACUAGUGCUGCCAUUAUCGACGACAUAGUCGGUCUUGUCAUCGCUGCGCUCAUACCCGCGUUAGCAAGUCUAGAAUCAUCGUCUCCGUCCGACUCAAAUCUUGCAUGGACUCUCAUACGGCCUCUGCUUUCGUCUCUUCUCAUCGCUCUCGUCGUACCAAUCUUGGCCCGCUUCAUUCUGCGUCCCGCUUUCUGGUUCCGCGGGGUUGGUGAACGGUGGUGUGCUCCCCGGCGUCAAGGCAAGGACUGGGGAUGGAAGCGCCUGCUGUCUCGAAGCGAAUGGGGUACUGAGUCCCAUGCGGAUUUCGUCAAAGUUUCCGUCAUGGUCUGCGUUCUGGGUGCGUUCCUCACGAUAGCGUACUAUACGGGGAGCAGUAUGCUCUUUGGAGCCUACAUGGCCGGUCUAGCUCUUUCCUACCUCGCACGACCACCUCAUGAUGACCAUGCUCAAGAUGAGCAGCGUGCCGUAUCGGACGACCGGGCGGCUGCAUUGUCCUUCGAGCUGACGUAUGCUCGUACAUUCGGUCCAUUACAGGAGUACAUAUUCGCCCCUGUGUUCUUUGCCAGUAUUGGCUACGCCAUCCCGUUUCUCUUGUUGUGGAGGCCGAGAAUCCUCUGGCGGGGCGUGCUAUACGCUAUACUCAUGUGCAUAGGAAAGCUCGCAGUCGGGCUGCCAAUCAUGCUGUGGUCCGUCUUGGCUACUGGUAGCCGCGGCGUCCGCCACAGUCCGACAGAACGGGCAGCGCGCGCUUCAGGGCCCUCGCCUUCCCCUCAACACAGCAACAGACCUGACACCCUCCGCGAGCCCGUGCAUCUGUCGAUAUACCCUGCCGCUUUCAUAGGCGUCGCAAUGGUCUCCCGGGGCGAGAUAGGCCUUCUGAUCGCCCAAAUCGCCCGAAACGGGUCGGCCACGGGCGGGUCGGCUGACAGCGCGAGCGGUCUGCUGAGCGAGGAGGGGUUCUUGGUGUGCAUAUGGGCAGUCUUGUUGUGUACUUUGGUGGGCCCUAUUUGCGUAGGGAUGAUCGUGCGGCGAUGGCGGGCGCACAUCACAGCAGGUAUCUGGGCAUGAGCCAUAGUCGUGGAUUGCCAAGUACUAGACGCAGCGACGUCGGAUAGUAACCGUUGACUGCAAGACCCCACCUUUAGAGUUCGUCUACACGAAUGCCACAAGAUGCCGAAUGGAACGAGAUGGUGGCAGGGUCGAUAGAGUUGGAUAGCAUCCCUCAAGCUAUGUGGUGAUGGAACUGUGGGCGGCUACUAUUGUUCCAAGCUGAUGCACAUCGACUAGGCAGUAUGAUAGCCCUUUUGAAACCUAAAAAAGGCC